ACAUUUACAUUGAGGGGCAAAAAGAAAGAGAAAAAAAACCAAACAUAAAAACAAGACUAGAAGAGAGAGAGAGUGAGAAAGAAAGAGAGAGAGAGGCAUGGUUUCAACAAGAAGAAGUGGAUCUCUCUCUGGUAACACCAACAACAACAAUAGUAAAAGAUCAUCUUCCUCUGAAGAUAAGCCUCCUUCACCAAAGCGUCAAAAGGUCGAGAAUGGCGGAGAGAAACCGACUCAAGCGGUGGCCGAGAAUUCAAAAGAAUUGUGCGAGCCGUCGACGGCAGAUCCAUCGGAAAAUGCCCCGAUCGUCGGAGAAGACGCCGUGAGUACUCAGAAAGACGAGGUCGCGCCAGCCACCGCCGUUGAUGCUCCAAUCGCCGACGGAGAUACGCCGAAUCCGAUUUCGACAGUUGAUAAGCCGAGGAGUUCGUUCUCUUCGUGGAGUGUAUAUCAGAAGCGAAACCCGGCUUCGACUUACGAGCUUUCGACCCCGUGGUGCAAGCUUCUAUCGCAGUCUGCACAGAUUCUUAAUAUUUCGAUUUGCACUGAUGUAUUCACGAUUGGGUCGAGUAGAAACUCCGGUUUAUCAUUGAAGGAUCACACUGUUAGUGGGACUUUAUGCAGAAUAAAGCACACCCAGCGUGAUGGUAGUGAUUCAGCUGUGCUAGAAAUUAUGGGGAGCAAGGGACUGGUGCAAGUAAAUGGGACAACUAUCAAGAGGAGUAGCAGCUGCAUGCUCAACUCGGGUGAUGAGGUGGUGUUUGGGGCAAACCAUGCUUAUAUAUUUCAGCAUCCCGUGCCUGAGGUUGCAGCUAAAGGUGCAGAGGUUCAAAGUGGUGUUGGGAAGCUUCUGCAUUUUGAAAGGAGGACGGGGGAUCCUUCAGCUGUAGCUGGAGCUUCCAUACUGGCAUCCCUUUCGGGCCUUUCCAGCAUGAGACAAGAUCUAUCACGUUGGAAGUCUCCAACUCAAACUACCACUAAAGUCAACCAGGGUACUGAGGUGCCUGCUCAAUCCGUUGUUCAGGAUGGCACAGAGGUUGAGCUUGAUGGCCUGGAAUGCAACUCGGCACCAAACACUGGGAGUGAUAAAGCUGCAGAAACUGGAACCACCAACAGGAACUCUCCUCAUGAUUGCAACCCGGACGCUGGCAUAGAGGCAGGCAAUGUAAAAUUCUCUGGGGUGAAUGAUUUGCUAAGGCCUUUGUUCAGGAUGUUAGCUCGAUCAACUAGUUGUACACUAAAAUUGAGCAAAAGUAUGUUUAAACAGGUUUUGGAAGAAAGAAACGAGUGGAUGAGGGAUUCGCAGCCAACAUCAACAUCGGGUAUGUCUGUGCGGUGUGCGGUAUUUCGAGAAGAAGUUCUUUUAGGCAUUCUUGAUGGCAGGAACUUAGACGUUUCAUUUGACAACUUCCCAUAUUAUUUAAGUGAGAACACAAAAAAUGUGCUGAUUGCAGCUUCAUUUAUACACUUGAAGCAUAAAGAACAUGCAAAGUAUACCUCAGAGCUUACUACUGUGAAUCCGCGAAUUUUGCUCUCUGGUCCUGCAGGGUCAGAGAUAUAUCAGGAGAUGUUGGCAAAGGCACUUGCUAAUUACUUUGGGGCUAAGUUGCUCAUAUUUGAUAGCCAUUCAUUGUUGGGUGGGUUAUCUUCGAAGGAAGCAGAGCUGCUGAAAGAUGGAAAUAAUGCAGAGAAAUCUUGCAACUGUGGCAAACAAAAUCCUUUACCCAUGGACUUGGCUGCGAGCAUGGAUCCGUCAGCAGGUGAAGCAGAUAUACCCGGCUCUUCAAAUGCACCUUCUCCUUCUGGCUUGGAAUCUCAGCCUAAGAUGGAGACUGACACUGUACCCUCUUCUUCUGGGGCAUCUAAGAAUGACUUGUUUAAACUAGGUGAUAGAGUAAAAUUUAAUGGUUCGGUUUCUGGUGUCAUGUAUACAGCAGCAUCUUCUUCACGGGGCCCGUCUAGUGGAGCCCGUGGAAAGGUGGUAUUAGUUUUUGAGGAGAAUCCAUGGUCAAAAGUUGGGGUUAGGUUUGAUAAACCUAUACCAGAUGGAGUUGAUCUUGGAGGUCGGUGUGAGGCAGGUUAUGGAUUCUUCUGCAAUGUUUCUGAUCUUCGUUCGGAUGGUCCAAGUGUAGAAGAAUUGGACAAGUUGCUUAUUAACACUUUGUUUGAGGUUGUAUUAAGUGAGAGCAGAAGCUCGCCUUUCAUCCUGUUUAUGAAAGAUGCUGAGAAAUCCAUUGUAGGAAGUGAAGUUUCAACAUUCAGAAGCAAACUUGACAAGCUUCCUGAUAACGUGGUUGUAAUUGGUUCACACACUCAUACUGACAAUCGCAAGGAGAAGUCACAUCCUGGUGGUCUUCUUUUCACAAAAUUUGGCAGCAAUCAAACUGCUCUUCUUGACUUGGCUUUCCCGGAUAGUUUUGGAAGAUUGCAUGACAGGGGUAAGGAGGUCCCAAAGACGACAAAAAAUCUGUCUAAGCUUUUUCCUAACAAAGUAACCAUUCACAUGCCACAGGAUGAAGCACUUCUUGCAUCAUGGAAGCACCAAUUGGAUCGAGAUUCUGAAACCCUGAAAAUGAAAGGAAAUCUGAAUCAUCUGCGCACUGUUCUUGGUCGGAGUGGGAUGGAAUGUGAAGGACUUGAGACAUUAUGCAUUAAGGACCAAACACUUACAAAUGAAAGUGCAGAGAAGGUAGUUGGGUGGGCUUUAAGCCAUCAUCUUAUGCAGAAUCCUGAAGCUGAUCCUGAUGCAAGGCUUGUAUUGUCUAGUGAGAGCAUCCAGUACGGCAUUAGAAUCUUGCAGGCUGUCCAGAAUGAAUCUAAGAGCUUGAAGAAGUCACUUAAGGAUGUUGCAACAGAAAAUGAAUUUGAGAAAAGGCUUCUAGCUGAUGUUAUUCCACCCAAUGACAUUGGUGUUACUUUUGAUGAUAUUGGAGCUCUUGAAAAUGUCAAGGAUACAUUGAAGGAGUUGGUGAUGCUUCCAUUACAAAGGCCUGAACUUUUUUGCAAGGGACAAUUAACUAAGCCCUGCAAGGGAAUACUAUUAUUUGGCCCCCCUGGAACUGGUAAGACUAUGCUUGCAAAGGCUGUGGCUACUGAAGCUGGUGCAAACUUCAUCAACAUUUCCAUGUCAAGCAUCACGUCUAAGUGGUUUGGUGAGGGUGAGAAGUACGUAAAAGCUGUUUUCUCACUAGCAAGUAAAAUUGCGCCUAGUGUGGUAUUUGUUGACGAAGUUGACAGCAUGUUGGGCCGAAGGGAAAAUCCAGGGGAGCAUGAGGCCAUGCGUAAAAUGAAAAAUGAGUUUAUGGUGAACUGGGAUGGCUUACGGACAAAAGAUACAGAACGGGUUCUUGUACUUGCAGCCACAAAUAGACCUUUUGACCUUGAUGAGGCAGUCAUUCGAAGGCUUCCGCGUAGAUUGAUGGUAAAUUUGCCUGACGCUCCAAAUAGGGCGAAGAUACUAAAAGUCAUACUGGCAAAAGAGGACUUGUCUCCCAGUUUUGAUUUUGAUUCAGUUGCAAGUAUGACAGAUGGAUACUCUGGAAGUGACCUGAAGAAUCUAUGUGUAACUGCUGCACACCGUCCAAUUAAAGAGAUAUUGGAAAAGGAAAAAAAGGAUCGCGAAGCAGCCUUAGCAGAAGGUAGAUCUGCCCCAGCUUUGAGUGGCAGUGCUGAUAUACGGCCUUUAAACAUGGAUGACUUUAAAUAUGCUCAUGAACGGGUAUGUGCAAGUGUCUCUUCCGAGUCUGUGAACAUGACUGAGCUUUUACAAUGGAAUGAACUCUAUGGUGAAGGGGGUUCUAGAAGAAAAAAGGCUCUCAGCUACUUCAUGUGAAGGCUAUCCUGUACAAAUAGUUCUUUUCUCCUUAUAAUUCUCUGCUCUUGGUUCUAAGGCUGUGCUUUAGGUGAAUUUUGCUGCUCCUCUAGGGCUUGCUAGGGAGCCAUUUUGUCUGUAAAAUGAAGUAUAGGUUCUUAAAUAAUUUAUUCCCGAGUUAGAUUUGUGAUGGUGGAAAUAAAGUGAGUGAGAACCUUUUCUAAGUCUUGGCCUGGCUCCGCUGCUUUUGUUUUGUUCCCCAUCACCUUUCUGUCAACAUAAAGAUUUGUCUUUUUAAAUUUAGAAAAAGAAAGAGGACCCUGUGCAUAUAUUUGUAGUCAUUCUUUAUGGGGUUUGUUCGAAUUGAACAAUAAGCAAUGACGCUUACACCAUAUGAUACUAUGAAUUGGCUUUAUGAAUAUGUUAUGUAAAUGCAUGCAGAGCCUGUUUAAAUA